CAGUUUCUCACACCAGGCGCGCACCGCUCAAGCAGCCAAGGGAUGUUCACCUUGGCGGAGGUACCCGCACUAUGAAGAGACGCGCGCCGGGAGGAGGCGGGGUCGCCAAAAAGUCCAACAAUAACAACGAGCUCUUGCUCCUGAACGACGAGCCCUCCUCAGAACCUUCUGGCACCAUUGGCGCAGCUUCGGCUCGGUUCUUCCAGAGGGAUGCCCGGGGCUCGGUGGGAUCGGAGACUCCCGCGUUAGGACGCCAAGCCGGCGGCAUGAUAUGCAACAAGAACGGCGACUGUCGAAGGGAGCCCACCAGCUCCGGGAGCCUCUCAUCACUCAUAUCCCGACAAGAGAAGCACGCCGAUGGGGGUGUAGAGGCCGUAGAGGGCGGCAAGGCAGCGAGCAUGGACGGGUCGGCGGUGUCGGACGGACCCGGGGCGGAGGUCAAGAGCGCCGCGGGGAUGGAGAAAAAGGACUCCCGGGUGUCUUUCUCCAACGCGCCGGGUGGUAGAGGGCACACCCCGACUCAACUGUCCAGGAAAUCGUCCACAAAAGCGACGGAGGACGGCUCCCUAAUCGUGGCCGACGAUGGCGAGCCCAGCCGGGGCCAGACGUACAUGCAGCGGCAGUUUAGCUCCAUGCUUCAGCCCGGGGUCAACAAGUUCUCCCUGCGGAUGUUCGGCAGCCAGAAGGCAGUGGAGAAAGAGCAGGAGAGGGUGAAGUCGGCGGGGAACUGGAUCAUACAUCCUUACAGCGACUUCAGGUUCUACUGGGACUUCACUAUGCUCCUAUUCAUGGUGGGCAACCUUAUUAUCAUCCCGGUGGGCAUCACUUUCUUCAAGGACGAGACCACCACGCCGUGGAUCAUCUUCAACGUUGUGUCUGAUACCUUCUUCCUCAUGGACCUGGUGCUCAACUUCCGCACGGGCAUCGUAUUCGAGGACAACACCGAGAUCAUCCUGGAUCCCAAGAUGAUCAAGAGGAAAUACCUGCAGAGCUGGUUCGUGGUGGACUUUGUCUCUUCCAUUCCGGUGGAUUACAUCUUUCUCAUUGUGGAGAAGGGCAUCGACUCUGAGGUGUACAAGACGGCACGAGCGCUCCGAAUCGUGCGCUUCACUAAAAUUCUUAGCCUGUUGCGCCUGCUGCGUCUCUCCAGACUCAUCCGUUACAUCCACCAGUGGGAGGAGAUAUUCCACAUGACGUACGACCUGGCCAGCGCCGUGAUGCGAAUAAUCAACCUGAUAGCAAUGAUGCUGCUGCUGUGUCACUGGGAUGGCUGCUUGCAGUUCCUGGUUCCCAUGUUGCAAGAUUUCCCUUCUGAUUGCUGGGUUUCCCUCAACAAGAUGGUGAAUGACACGUGGAGUGAGCUCUACUCCUUUGCCCUCUUCAAGGCCAUGAGUCACAUGCUGUGCAUCGGCUAUGGACGGCAAGCCCCCGAGAGCAUGUCGGACAUUUGGCUCACCAUGCUCAGUAUGAUCGUUGGUGCCACCUGCUAUGCCAUGUUCAUUGGCCACGCCACAGCGCUCAUUCAGUCUCUUGACUCAUCCAGGCGACAGUACCAAGAGAAGUACAAACAAGUGGAGCAGUAUAUGUCUUUCCACAAGCUACCGGCAGACUUCCGGCAGAAGAUCCAUGACUACUACGAGCACCGAUAUCAGGGCAAGAUGUUUGAUGAGGAGAGCAUUCUAGAGGAGCUUAAUGAGCCUCUCAGAGAGGAAAUCGUAAACUUCAAUUGUCGCAAGCUAGUGGCGUCCAUGCCGCUGUUCGCCAACGCAGACCCCAACUUCGUGACGGCCAUGCUGACCAAGCUGCGCUUCGAGGUCUUCCAGCCGGCUGACUAUGUGGUGCGCGAGGGCACUAUUGGCAAGAAGAUGUACUUCAUCCAGCACGGUGUGGUCACUGUGCUAACCAAAGGCAAUGUGGGCAUGAAGCUGGUUGACGGCUCCUACUUUGGAGAGAUCUGUCUGCUGACUCGAGGCCGACGGACGGCCAGCGUGCGGUCGGACACAUACUGCCGCCUGUACUCGCUCUCUGUGGACAACUUCAACGAAGUCCUGGAGGAGUACCCCAUGAUGAGGCGCGCCUUUGAGACGGUCGCCAUCGAUAGGCUCGACAGGAUAGGCAAGAAGAACUCCAUCCUGAUGCACAAAGUACAACACGAUCUCAACUCGGGGGUGUUCAACAACCGCGAGACUGAGAUGAUCCAGGAGAUUGUCAAAUACGAUCGCGAAAUGGUUCAAAAGGUGGACGUGCCACGACCGCAGCCCUUGUCUCUAACAUCGCCUCAGCACAGUGGGAUUUUUACUCCACCAGUUUCCUCUCAACAGCCCCAAAGUUCUGCUAUUGGCACCUUGCAGCAGGCUGUAGCCAUGAGCCUUUGCCCCCCUAUGCAAGGGAACUCAGCAGGGGCCGGGAUGUUGCAGUCUCCCAGGAUAGUGAGAAGAUUCCAGGUUUUGCAGAAUGCAUCUAGCCCUGGCUCGCCCUUGCAGUCGCAACUCAUUGCUUCUGGUGCUUUUGCUCCAGCCAUGUCAAGCCCUACUGUCCAGAGCCCCCGUUCGUUCCCUUACGGAUCCAGCGUCAUGGCUGGUCCUGCCACAGGAUCACAACUAUCUUUAGUCCAACAACACACUGCAAGCCCUGCACACAGACCCAGCACCCAUAAGAGUACGCAUUCUUUGCCAAUGGGGACCCUGAGCCAUGACACAAGGGCGCUGUCGGCCUCUCAGCCCUCAUUGCCACAUGAGGGGAUGCACUUGGCGGCCCCCAGUCCACCCCCAUCCACGCGAGUUUCCUCUAUUUCCAUUGGACCUGCUCAGACCCCGUCAGGCCAUGCGGGGGUCUGCAGUGCUAUACCACACAGGAUCGUGCUGCCGCACCAGUUGUCAGUAGGAGCCUUCGGGACCGGUGCAGGGUCCACCUUAGGAACACCUGUUGGGGACUUGGUACGACCCAAGAAGGACUCCAUCGUAAGCCUUCCGGAGACGGAGCAAAUUAAAGUCAGAUCUCGAUUAUCCUCGAACUUGUGAUCAUAAUCAAGGCCUUCUGGAAGUCUCGAGGGCCUCACAUGAGGAACACCGGGAAACUACAGUAUUGCAGUUGGACUGUGCAAAUGUAUGAGAUGAGAGAGAUUGGCAGAAGAAGACUCUGAUAUAGAAGUUAACUUUGGAAAUUUCUGCAUAUAGUUCUUUCCACUCAGAGACAUAUAAAGUAAAUGCACAGAAUGAUAGCAUAGCGUAGUAGCAACUUCCCAAAUUUGCCUCCUUUGUAUAGAGCGUAGCUAACAAGGUAUGCCUAAUGUUCCUCGUAUCCAUUUUGUCCGACUGAGGACUAGAAUCAGAACCUGUUUUUUAUUCACAACGCUAGCUUUAAACCUCGUGGUAUCAUUGGCGUGUGUCCUUAGGAUCCAUUAGAGAUUUGCCGCCUGGCUCAAAAUGUGCGAUGGUACCUUUUCCAUUAUCCUGCUGUUCCGAUAUAUUAAAUCUCAUUUUCACACCCUGAUUAUUGAUUCUGACAAGUACUGUGGUACCUUGACAAAUUAUCCACUUGUGAGGUUGGUGCCGAAUGCAUAAUGUGAUGUUCACUGCUGCCAUAUACUAUGCAGCAUAUAUGAAAUUUGCUCAAACUUUGGAUUGAAACACAGUAAAAUUGAAAGCAGACAAGACUUAAAACAUCGGUAAGGAAAGGUAUCUCUGUAGCACCUAACUCGCCAUCCAUUUAAACAUUCAUCCAUUUAUGUUCUACAGUCCCUGACAAAAGUCUUGUCGCUUAUCCAUGUUUUAAAAACAACUGCUAAUAACCUGACUUUUAAUUAUUC